AUGAUGUUCAUUUGGAUACUUUUGUUUUUAACAUUGAAACCAGAUGAUUGUUGCGGUCAGUAUUUGGACUCGAGCAGUUUCGACCAGGAAGUGACUGCAUACAUGAGGGAACGAAAGAUUCCAGGAGCCAGUGUGGCGGUCAGCAAGCAUGGAAAGUUCAUCAUUAGAAAAGGGUAUGGCAGGGCCAGCCAUCAACGAUUAAUGACCCCCUGGACCACCGUAAGAAUCGGAGGGGUCUCCAAAUUUGUGACGUCAUUGGGGUUGAUGAGGUUGGUGGAACAUGGGAAGGUGCGGUUGGAUGACCUCGUUUUCGGAGAAGAAGGACACAGUAUAGCAAGACCAGCCGUCUCUUGUGACUACGACAACAGCGUAUACAUUUUUUUAGCACUUAACCAGGCUACUGAGAAACAGAACCAGGUGCUCUAA